UUCAAGUCCAAAGAAGUUAUCUUACACUGUUCAUGCACAGCUUCUUCAGCUAUUAGGACUUUGGGAACUAACUAACUGAAGCUAUGAACAGUGGAAUCUGUGUCUGUGUGUUGCUUGCUAUUCUCUCCAUGAGCUGCCUGGGUCAUCCCUUGGCAGGGUCUGAUCAUGAAGGCAGUCCUGUGGCAGCUGAGCUGGAUCAGAGCCUCUCACUGCACCAGAGGCAGGUGCGUGCAGCCACAGCUAAUGGCCAACUAAAGCCAUUCCAAAUGGCAGAGGGUAACAUGGAGCAAAGAGCGAACCUCGCAGCACUGAUGGCCAGAUAUCUCAAGCAAGCCAAGAAAGGCUCUUCUGGUAGAAACCUAGCUCUGAGCAGCAAAUCACAGACCCUGGAUCUAAACCACAGAAUAAAUGACAGAGAUUACAUGGGCUGGAUGGACUUUGGACGCCGCAGUGCUGAAGAAUAUGAGUACUCCUCAUAAGGAAGA